AUGGCGGUCAACAGGAUCAUCAAGAUAUUGCUCUUCACCUUCAACUUUGUGUUCUUCGUGGGUGGAAUCACUAUCCUCAGCUUCGCCGUACACGCCAGGAGCAACCGGGUCGACUACCAGAUCACAGACGAUGUUCUCCCGGCCAUUAACCUGCUGGUGUUCGUCGGAGCCGUGACCAUGAUCCUGGGCUUCCUGGGCUGCUGUGGCGCCGGCAGAGAGGACCGCUGCCUGCUGACGCUCUUCUUCGCGGGCCUGCUCGCCCUGCUCUCCAUGAUGGUGGCCGUGGGCCUGCUGGGAGCCUUGUCCAGGACCGAGACCGCCCAGAUUGUGGUGAAGGAGCACCUGAAGGAGCUGCUUCCUCUGAGCGGACAACCCAAGGACGUGCAGGAGUCCUUCCAGCAGCUGGAGAGGAACGGCUUCUGCUGCGGAUUCUUCGUCGGACCUCUGGACUGGGGAAACUCGACGGUUGUGCCGGACUCCUGCAACUGCACCGACACCUCCAGGAACUGCACGGCUUUUGAAGGACGUCAGGUUUACUCCACGCCGUGUAUGACCUACCUCAUGACGUGGUACGACCGAUUGUCUAACACCCUCAUCGCGGUUGCUUGUGGAUUUAGCAGCUUGAUGAUCCUGGGCAUGGUGUUCUCAUCAGUCGUUUGCUUUCAAGUCUGCGCUAAGAAGGGCAGCGUCAUUUAG